AUGCGCCCGCUCUUCAACAAGGAAUCGCUCUGGGUCUACCCCAUCUUCGCCGGAAUUGGUGGCAGCUUUGGCUACUGGCUUACGGGCGUGGAGCAACGCCAAUUCAGACUCCUUGCCGACCGACGAGACCAAUUGCUUGAAAAGCGCGCACGGAGGAAGGAGCGCGAAGAGGCCGCUGGCGCAGCUCAAGGCGAGCACUAG